AAUAAGGGAGUAAGUAGCAUCGUCUGUUCAUCAUCACAACACCACAGCAGCCAUGGCCACCGAUUUCAAGUCCAUCCCCAUAAUUGAUAUUAGUCCUCUCUUGGCCAAGUGUGAUGAUCCAAAAAUGGCCGAAGACCCAGGUGUUUCUGAUGUUGUCAAACUAUUAGAUCAAGCUUGUAGAGAAGCUGGCUUUUUCUACGUGAAGGGGCAUGGUAUGCCAGAUUCUCUUUUUAAUGAUGUAAAAGAACAAACCCGGAAGUUUUUUGGUCUUCAAUAUGAAGAAAAAGUUAAGAUCAAACUGACUCCUGCCGCUGGAUACAGAGGAUAUCAAAGGGUUGGAGAAAACAUAACCAAAGGUGUACCAGACAUGCAUGAAGCUAUUGAUUGCUAUAGAGAGCUAAAACCAGGGGCUUAUGGAGUUCUAGGCAAAGCUAUGGAAGGGUGUAACCAAUGGCCACUAGACCCCCCAAAAUUCAAGGAUAUGAUGGAAGAAUACAUCAAUCUUUGUACAGACCUCGCAAGAAACAUAAUGCGUGGAAUUGCUUUAGCUUUGGGUGGAUCGCCAUACGAAUUUGAAGGAGACAGAGCUGGAGAUGCAUUUUGGGUAACUCGCAUCAUUGGUUACCCUGGAAAAUCCUCUGAAAAUGGCCAAGAGAAGCCUAUACAUGACAUUGGAUGUGGAGCUCACACUGAUUAUGGUUUGUUAACAUUGCUUAAUCAAGAUGAUGAUAUAACUGCACUUCAGGUGAGAAACCGAUCAGGCGAAUGGAUAUCAGCUCCUCCUGUUCCAGGAACAUUUGUGUGUAACAUUGGUGACAUGUUAAAGAUUUACUCAAAUGGCUUGUACGAAUCAACUUUGCAUAGAGUUAUCAUUAGCUCAGCCAAAUAUCGGGUUUCAGUAGCAUAUUUUUAUGAGACGAAUUUCGAUGCAGCUGUUGAGCCUUUGGAUGUAUGCAAAGACAGAGUAAUUGGUGAGGCUAAGAAAUUUGAGAGAGCUGUUUAUGGAGAGCAUUUGGUUAAGAAGGUUCUCUCAAAUUUUGUGUAUUAAGAUCUUUCUCAUCAGCUUAAGACAUUUUGUGCUAGCUGUUACUAUAGGAGAUUAUUCUAUGUUUUUAAUUGUUUGUAAUCUAAACAUAAUUUGUACUUAGUAUUGAAUAAGAUAACACAAGAAAAUAGCACAGAACACGUGCAUGGCCUUUGUUUUUUCGAAAAAACAA